AUGGCACGGACGCACAAGACUGCCCAGAUCAAGGCCCAAAUGGCGGAGAAGGCUCGCAUCGAAGAAGAGGAAGCACGUCGUCGUGAGGAGGCUCGAAUCGCGGGCCUCGAUAGUGCGAGAACGCGCUCUGAGAAAGCUGGUGCGCUUGUCCGUGCGUGCGAGCGCCAGAAUGUAGGGUCGACGGACUCUAGUACUUCAGGGGCUAAAGCCCCAGUGGUAAACAAAGAGCCCGACGCCAAAGAAUCCGCUGAAGAUGAAGCAGAUAAAGAAGAAGAUGAAGAUAAAGAAGAAAAUGAAGAAGAAGAAGCAGAAGUAGAACUUGAGGAGAAGCCUCCCGCCAGUCGAGAUACUAAAAGAAAGAAGAGAACUUUUUCGGACGUGGAAGACGAGGAGUUAGUGAGAGUUUCUGCUUUCAAGAAGGAACACGACUCCUGGGCAAGCCUGGAGGUUAGCUUGCGAGAGUAUAUGAACACAACGCACCAGAAGAUAGUGAUCAAGGAGGUUAUUCAUACUGCACGGCGCAACGCUGCUCUUCGGUCUCAAGUACGGUUCAAAGGGCGACCAGACUCUGAAAUUCCACUCGUCCCGGCCGAACUAGAGCCGUACCAACGCAAGUACAUCUGCACACACGGGUGGUCUGAGCGAGAACGUUCAACUGAAAAGCGGACUUCGCAUGCACUUCGCCGCACGGAUUGCCCGUUCCAGAUACUAGCCCAAUUGACGAAGAAGACGGAUGGAUCCUGGUGCGUUUCGAUUAAACGUAUUCGGCAGGUUUCUGCUGACUCGCCGCUCAUGCCUGGGGUUGAGUUGCUGGUCGAGGCUCAGGCUGGGACAUCAAGCGUCUACGACUACAUUCGCAGCAACUCAAAUCACUGCGUGACCAUGGACGACGUCCGCAGCAUGAUUUCGCGGUUGCGGAGUGUGGAACUUUCUGACAAUGAUGCGGUGUCUGAGAUGAUUGUGGAGUUUAAUCUGGAGUCGUCAAAGAACGUGUCGACUAAAAACUGGGAUUCUCUCACAGAGAUGUGGGUGAUGGCUCAUCGAGUUGAUCUGCCUCACUUCAACAACCACACGAACAAUCGCGUGGAGAGUCUGUUUAGUAAACUGAAGCGAACACGCAAGGGAAAGCUGACAAUGCGGACCAGUUUUGAGGCACUUUUCGCUUACCAGAAGCGUUUGGAGGAGGACUACAGAUCCAAAGUGUCGAUGCCAGGGACAUUGAGAGAUGUGGCUUACACAGAGGAAAUGAACAUUGCCUUAGGUAUGACGACACGCUGGGUUGCACAAGCUAUCAAGACGCAAUACGACGUUGCAGUGAAUGACAACCUCGCUAGCGCUUACGCGUUCAAAGAUAACGGUUCUACUGUUACUGUGACACAUGAGAACCACGAGUUCCUGAUUGAGAAAGACGGAUGGACGUGCGACUGCGAGUUCUCACAGACGAUGAAGUUGUCGUGUUGCCACGUCAUGGCUUUCAGAAAGGCGUGUGGCAAUCCAUUUAUCAUCUCUUAUGCUGCUAUCGAGUCCGGAUGGUUUGGCCAAAGCGGGUGUUCACCCGACGAGUUGUCUGAGGUAUCCGAUCCCUUUGUAGCCAAAAUAUUCAAGUCCAAACUCAACGCAACACCAGGGAACGCUGGACUUAGCGAACCACAGAAGUACAGACAAGCUCAGCAAGCCUUUGUUCGCAUUGGAGAUGAACUGGCACGCUUGGAGGACGGAGAGUUCGUGUGUGCGGUGCAGCAAUUGGAUCAGUGGUGGUAUAAUUUGAGGCAGGGGAAAAGACUAAAAGGGGCGAGGGCAAGUUCGGGGGAUGAGGUGGACAAGGAGACCGAGAACUGUAACGGAGGAGUAGGCUACAGAAGGCCUCCUUUCAGUUCAGUAGGGAGGUUUAAGGGCGGACGUGCGAUGGCGACGUCCGUACCAGCCGUGCGUUUGACAGGAAAAGUCAGGCAAGUUGGCCGCCCAAAAUUGAAUCGCGCAGAAGUUAGGGAAAAGACACGCGUUGCUCUCAAAGAGGACAACGCCGGAAUGAAUUUGAGAGUGAUCCUCCGCGAAAGUGACGUUUGCGACGUUGUCGCCACCCUCCGCGAAAUAAAGCCUGCUGUACGAACCGUCGGUUCGUAUUUAGGUACUCACCAGGUCAAGACCGUUGACCAAAACCGUGCGAUGAAGUGGAGUGUCGACGAAGAAUAUGUGGCAUCACGAGUGCGAUUUAGGCUCCCGGAAAGUGUUAUUGAUGACGUUUUAAACUUGCUAAAGAAGGGAAUUGGCCGGAACGAAGAGAUUGAGCUCGGUAGUGAUGGAGAAUGGACUGGAGAUAUCACUUGUUUCGUGGUUACCAUCGAAAAACUGGGUCGGUUUACACGUGAACAACUGGAAGCGAUGAAGUGGUUGUGGAAUUUGCAAGCGGCAUGCCGUAAUGCCGUUCUGAGUUGUACUUGGCUAAGUAGCCUAAAUGGAUUCGGAUUCGAUUUGACUUACUCGGAUCUGUUCUGUCCGCGAGACUCUGUAUGGCUGAAUGACAACACCAUGAGUGCUGUCACUGUAUCCCUGGGACGCUACAAGAAGAGUUUGAGCGUUAUGUUGCCUCCACCGACCGAGAACCCAAUGAAUCGAGCUGAAAAAAAGGUGAUGAUUUACGACAGCUUGAACGGCGCCAAAGACAGAAAGGAGCUGAGAACGGUGGCGGACUUCAUUACGACAAAGGCUUUGAAAGAUGAAUCGAACCUGAAAGUGGAUGUUACGGAGCCGACGCAGAUGGACAGCAGCAACUGUGGAGUUUUUGUGAGCCUAUUCUUUUGGAGUGCAAUGAGCGAUGAAGCUCCAAGUGAUCUUUCGCCUACUGGUCUCACCAAGCUACAGUGGUCACUGCUGAACGCGAUUUUGAAGAUGAAGCAGCGCUAA